ACCGAUCGAAAUUCGCCUCCACAAACAACAUCAGCGAGUUCAGUGGCAUCAGCGUCGUUCUCAUCGUCCUCAGCCGCAUUGCCGUGUGCCAUCUGCGGGCUAUGUUUCUCGGAUGCUUUCGUUCUGCAACAACACUGGUUAUCACACGUGUGUGAUCGACCGCAUGUUUGUAAAUUAUGUGAUGCUGGAUUCACUACACUAGACGCGCUUAAUGCACACACUCUCACUCAUCAAAACGUAUUAGCAGUGAUAAGUAAUGAACGAAUGUUCUGUCAAAUUAAUGAGCAUUUCAUAGGAGUGGCAUUUUUUCAGCGAAAGACAUUGAUAGUGGCAUCAGUAACGUAUGCAUUAUUAGUGAGUGUGAAUGUGUACACAUCAACGGUAUUCAAGAAAGAUUUCAGUAUGGUUGUUAUACCGACAGCAGAAAAUAUUUGGAUGGGUAUUGGAUAUUUAUUCCUCGUCUAUGCGUGCAUCAGAAAACGAGCCUCGCAAAUUGAUUGCCUUGUUGUUGCAACGUUGCCAUCAAUGAUGUUCCGUUUCGUUGGUAUUUUAAUGUGUACAAUGAUGGCACUAUUUCCGGACAGUUACACAAGCAAGUUGAAUCGACUUGGGGAUAAUCUUAAAGAAGAGGAAGGUACUUUUGCAGUUCGACGAAUGGCGCAAGUGAUAAUCGCUUUAAGUCUGAUACUAGAAGUGCUGGAAGCUGUGACAGUCAUAUUUGCACUGGUGUGUCGUUACGAUCUGAAAGAGUAUGAGAGGAAGAGACAAAACGAGGACGCUGGACAAAUGCGGCAGAUACGUCGACGAGACGAGUUCACACCAAUCGGCACGUUACUGCCCAGUUGUCAGCAAACACUGUUAAGUGAAUCACAGCCAACAUCGAGUCCACUGCCACUCUCUCCCGGACCUUCGUCUACUCCAAAACAAGAGCACUAUUCAGCCACGGGACAGGAGCAGUCAACAGACCCUGCUCAACUGCAGCAGCUGCAGCAACAGCAGCAGCAACAGCCUUCGUUGGCUCUCACUCAAGAAACGCUGUCAUGCACAGGCCAAUUGCAAUCGUCAUUUCUGCCUCAACAACANCAACUCAUCAGAACCCCGCCACCACCGCUUCAGCAGUUCAGCAGCAGUCUCCCAUCCCAGAGAAUCAGCAGUCUCGAGAUCACCCUGACAAACAGCUCCCAGCCCCAAUACUGGUCAAAAAAAUGUCCAGAGCCAAGAUACGCAGUUAUCGCAAGUCCCGCAUCAGAAACAGUCUCCUAUUGUCCAAAACCCAAAGUCCUCUCUAAACACGAAUCAAAAAAAUUCUCCAGAUACUGGUCAAAAAAAUGUCCAGAGCCAAGAUAA